AUUUUUUAUACUUAGACAUUUGUGGCAUUUUCUUUACAUUCCUCCAGAUGGCCUGUGUGAUGACGGUCGUUGUAAAGAUGAGAGUAACAUGAAAAUACUACUGAGACAAAGAGAAGAUGAAACAGAAGCUGUGAAUUAUGAGAAACAACUGGUCAAAACUCUUCUGCAAAUCUGCCAGGAGGUUCCAGAACACGUGAAAGUUGACUUGAAUGGUUUGGAUACGAAACUUAAGCAGAACUUUGAGACAAUGAAUCUGAGUGAAUUUAUGAAGGUUCACACACUGGAUGGCCUGAACUCUAGUGCAACAUCGAAUGUCACUUACUUCAACCUGUGUGAUGAAACCCACAAGAUGGCUUCUAAUAUCCAUACCAUUAAAGACAGUGGACUCUUCAAAAUGUGCUGGACAAACCAAGUGGAGGUACUGACAAGAGACCAAUCUCAAGAAGGCAACAGUGACAGAAAUCAAGAAAUCUACACUUUUGAGCAGGUUUAUAACAAAAUAUUCCAGACCUGCUACACCAACUACAAAAGGCUUCAUGUUAGUCUUAAGAGUGGGGAGCUUCUACUGGAGGAAACUGACAGUAUCUUUAAAGCCUAUAAAGGCAAGUAUGAAGACUUGGAGAAAGAAUUAAACAUCAUGUGCAGAGUAGACCCAUCUGAUAACAAAUCAUGGAUCAGUGAAAGGGUUAACCAGAUUCAGCAGUACCAGGAUAUUCAUCUAGUACUGGAAACUUCCGAAAUUGUCAUGAAUAUCAAAAAUAUAAUAUGUCCACAAGGGGACUUCAGAGUACUGAAGAAACUGCUUCAAAUGAAUGAAUCCAACUUCAAGAAAAACAAUCUAAGCUACAUUGAUGAUGCUUUUCUACAUGCAAAAAAUAUUCUGAAAGACAUUUCAGACGAUCGUAAGAAAUGUCUGCAAAAGCUCAUUCAGUGUAAAGACUUUAUCCAGUGGACUAAACAAGAACUUAAAGACAUCAAUGAGCUGAAAGUGUUUGUUGACCUGGCAUCAAUCUCUGCUGGAGAAAAUGAUAUGGAUGUCGAUCGAGUGGCCUGCUUUCAUGAUGCUGUUCUUGGUUACUCAUCCAUGCUGUAUGAUCUGAAGCAGGAUUCUGAUUUUGCGAAGUUCAAUGAAUCGUUAAAAAAAUUGUGGAAGGCACUUGAUAAUGACCAAAAUAUACCAAAAAAGCUGUGGGAUACUUCCAGACACCUGGAAUGGUUAAAGUCUGUUAGAGAAAGUCAUGGAUCUGUUGAAUUCUCAUCUCUGUCUAUGGCUACAUCUGUCAAUAACAGAGGGAUAUAUAUCAUUAAGGCACAAGACCAGCAACAGGUUAAUGUCGAGAAUUCCCUGACACUGCAAAUUGACGAUAGUCAUAAAAACAUGACAUAUACCUAUGAGGACCUCAAAGAGCUGCAAAAUAAGCUUAUGCUGAUGUCUGGAAAAAAACAACAGAACCAGAGUGAAGUUGAACGCUUCACUGAGGUGUUUGACAACAUCCAAAGAUUCGCCAAAGCAUUUGUAGACAUUUACACUGCAGGGAACCCAAUUUUUAGGUGUUGGGAAGCUAAGAUUUAUUGCAAAACUCAGAGUGACCCAUGUAUCAUUAUGGAAAUCAAGUUUUGCAAAACCCAGUAUUGCUUCAAAGUAACUGGAAGUUUACCUGAACAGCUUGUAGCUCUGUCCAAUAAGAUGGAAAUGUUUCUUGGUGCCUGGCAAAAUUUCAUGGACGAACAGAGAACAGAUCAAUACUACUUGAACUAUUUCACAGCACAACAAAUAUUCUACUUGUGCAGCGUUUUGACUCCAACAAAUAUAAAUACAGAAAUAGAAGACAGAGCACUGAUGAUGCUUUCUUUUAUCAAACCAAACUGCACAACAUUAGAUGUUUGGAGUAUUUGGAGACAUAACCAAUAUGAACUUCGCAAAAGGGAUAAUGAACACAGGGAUUCAUCUUCACACAGUGUUAUUCAUUUUGCACAUGAAAGUGACGCAGCAGAUGAGGCAGACCAGACUCUUGUUUUGAAAGAAUUGGAGGAGUUGUGGAAUGGCUACAUGAAGAAUGAGGAAAUAUUUUUUCAUGACCUACUAGACAUUAGGAGUUUAGGACGUCUCUUGCAAUUGAUGACAGACAAUUCAAAUCACAAUGAGUGGGAAGCGGAACCAGAACUCUCAGAGACGAGAGACUGUUCACUCAGAAGGGAGUUUCCAAAAGGCCUAAACUCAAAACAACCUAAUCUCAUAAUCUGCCCACAUGAUGAGGUCCUGACAUCAAGUAUCUGCUUGUACAUGAACGACUACUACGGGUCAUUGCCAACUUAUGAUGAAGUGCUCUUGUGUUCCCCUUCAACAUCUUAUGAACAAGUAGAGCUUUUUCUGAGAAGAUGUCUCACACCAGGUGACAUUGGCAGAAAGAUUUACUCGAUGCUCUGGGCAGACCAACUUUCCUAUGAUGUUAGCUGUGCAAUGGAGAAAUGUUUUCAGAAAUUAUGCUCCCCUAAAAAUGAUUACAGACUAGUGAUCUUUUGCAGCUCUGACAGGGAGCAUACUUACAUUCCUACUGCAUUCAGUCAGUACAAAACAGACUUCGUGCCACAGGAGCCACUGGAAAAGAUCCAACAGUAUUUGUCCAGGCAUUACACAGUUACUUCAGAUUACAAGAAUGCUGUGUUCAAAGGUGGACAUUCUUUGGGUAUUGUUGCUUCCAGUCGGGCAGGAGUAGGUGAGUAUAGGAUGCUAUUAAUUGCAGACAUCAAUGAGCUGAAAGUGUUUGUUGACCUGGCAUCAAUCUCUGCUGGAGAAAAUGAUAUGGAUGUCGAUCGAGUGGCCUGCUUUCAUGAUGCUGUUCUUGGUUACUCAUCCAUGCUGUAUGAUCUGAAGCAGGAUUCUGAUUUUGCGAAGUUCAAUGAAUCGUUAAAAAAAUUGUGGAAGGCACUUGAUAAUGACCAAAAUAUACCAAAAAAGCUGUGGGAUACUUCCAGACACCUGGAAUGGUUAAAGUCUGUUAGAGAAAGUCAUGGAUCUGUUGAAUUCUCAUCUCUGUCUAUGGCUACAUCUGUCAAUAACAGAGGGAUAUAUAUCAUUAAGGCACAAGACCAGCAACAGGUUAAUGUCGAGAAUUCCCUGACACUGCAAAUUGACGAUAGUCAUAAAAACAUGACAUAUACCUAUGAGGACCUCAAAGAGCUGCAAAAUAAGCUUAUGCUGAUGUCUGGAAAAAAACAACAGAACCAGAGUGAAGUUGAACGCUUCACUGAGGUGUUUGACAACAUCCAAAGAUUCGCCAAAGCAUUUGUAGACAUUUACACUGCAGGGAACCCAAUUUUUAGGUGUUGGGAAGCUAAGAUUUAUUGCAAAACUCAGAGUGACCCAUGUAUCAUUAUGGAAAUCAAGUUUUGCAAAACCCAGUAUUGCUUCAAAGUAACUGGAAGUUUACCUGAACAGCUUGUAGCUCUGUCCAAUAAGAUGGAAAUGUUUCUUGGUGACUGGCAAAAAUUCAUGGACGAACAGAGAACAGAUCAAUACUACUUGAACUAUUUCACAGCACAACAAAUAUUCUACUUGUGCAGCGUUUUGACUCCAACAAAUAUAAAUACAGAAAUAGAAGACAGAGCACUGAUGAUGCUUUCUUUUAUCAAACCAAACUGCACAACAUUAGAUGUUUGGAGUAUUUGGAGACAUAACCAAUAUGAACUUCGCAAAAGGGAUAAUGAACACAGGGAUUCAUCUUCACACAGUGUUAUUCAUUUUGCACAUGAAAGUGACGCAGCAGAUGAGGCAGACCAGACUCCUGAUUUGAAAGAAUUGGAGGAGUUGUGGAAUGGCUACAUGAAGAAUGAGGAAAUAUUUUUUCAUGACCUACUAGACAUUAGGAGUUUAGGACGUCUCUUACAAUUGAUGACAGACAAUUCAAAUCACAAUGAGUGGGAAGCGGAACCAGAACUCUCAGAGACGAGAGACUGUUCACUCAGAAGGGAGUUUCCAAAAGGCCUAAACUCAAAACAACCUAAUCUCAUAAUCUGCCCACAUGAUGAGGUCCUGACAUCAAGUAUCUGCUUGUACAUGAACGACUACUACGGGUCACUGCCAACUUAUGAUGAAGUGCUCUUGUGUUCCCCUUCAACAUCUUAUGAACAAGUAGAGCUUUUUCUGAGAAGAUGUCUCACACCAGGUGACACUGGCAGAAAGAUUUACUCGAUGCUCUGGGCAGACCAACUUUCCUAUGAUGUUAGCUGUGCAAUGGAGAAAUGUUUUCAGAAAUUAUGCUCCCCUAAAAAUGAUUACAGACUAGUGAUCUUUUGCAGCUCUGACAGGGAGCAUACUUACAUUCCUACUGCAUUCAGUCAGUACAAAACAGACUUCGUGCCACAGGAGCCACUGGAAAAGAUCCAACAGUAUUUGUCCAGGCAUUACACAGUUACUUCAGAUUACAAGAAUGCUGUGUUCAAAGGUGGACAUUCUUUGGGUAUUGUUGCUUCCAGUCGGGCAGGAGUAGGCAAGUCGCUGUAUGUCCAAAGGUUGUACGAAAAACUUGAGAGAAGUGUUGACGAAGGAAAAGCCUUUAAGAAGUGCAUCAGGCUAACUGAACAUGAAGUUGACGACCACAAGAUUCUCCCGUUUUUAUAUGACACACCAAAACAAAAAGAUAUUAAGGUGUUUCACUUUGAUGUCACGUCCUCGGUGCAAAAGGGCCUGAAUGAAUUCAUAUUCAAGCUUUUCUUUUUGCGGUACCUGAUGGAUUCAAAUGGACAGAUGUGGCAAUGCAGCCAGAACCACUUAUAUGUUAUUGAGUUACUGGAGUCCACAAAUGAUCAGAACAGAUGUGAUACCAGAUUGGGUCGAAACGAAAAUUUUGCAUUCUCAGAUGUUUUCCCAAAGCUGUUUUGCCACCCACCAAAAAAGGUUAUGGCUUUGGAAAUGCAAAAAGAAGAAAUUCCAGACAUGGACUGUGGUGGCCCCCUGAUGGAUGAUGAAUGUUUCAGAAGUGAAGCUUAUCAAAGGCCAUACCAGUACCUCACACAUUUUCACAAUAAGGACAAUCUUGACAACUUCACGUUCCAGGGUACUAAAGGGACUCAUGCAAAGUGUCUUCAGAUACUCUUAAUCUAUUGUGGUAUAAUAGAUCCAUCAUGGGCAGAGCUACGUAACUUUGUGUGGUUCCUUAAUCUUCAGUUGAAAGACUGUGAGAAUUCGGAUUUCUGCAAAUUUGAGUUGGUUGGAGACACUCUUUGUGGGUUCAAAAACUUUGUGGUUGAGUUCAUGAUCUUGAUGUCCAAAGACUUUGCAACACCAUCACUAUGCAUCACUGACCAGAGCCCAGGGAAGCAACAAGUUGACAUCAGUGGACUAAAAGAAAAAGAUUUAGCUCCAUUCCUCAUUAGAAAAAGGUGGGAAUCAGAGCCACAUCCAUACAUCUUUUUUAAUGACGACCACAUGUCCAUGACAUUCAUUGGAUUUCACCUUAAGCCCAAUAACGAGAAAGGGUUUGAUGCAGUAAAUCCUUUGACAAAAGAAGUGAUUAAGAAAAACAUCAUGACUCGACAGCUGUACAAUGGCUUAAAACUUCAGAGAGUUCCUUUUAAUGCAGACUUUGAUCAGUUUCCUAGAGCUGACAAGAUUGAGCAUCUGUGCAGUGUGCUUGGCGUCAAGUGGCCAACAGAUCCUGAUGAAACAUAUGAAUUGACCACCGACAAUAUCCUCAAAAUGAUGGCAAUUCAUAUGAGAUUCAGGUGUGGCAUUCCUGUCAUCAUAAUGGGGGAGACAGGAUGUGGUAAAACAAGGCUGAUAAAAUUUAUGUGUGAACUAAGAAGAUGUGGAGCACCAGCAGAAAACAUGAAACUGGUCAAAAUUCAUGGAGGAACUACAUCAGAAAUGAUUUAUGAGAAAGUGAAGGAAGCUGAAACUCUUGCAAGGACCAAUAAAGAGAAUCAUGAUCUUGACUCAGUUCUUUUCUUUGAUGAGGCAAACACCACAGAAGCCGUUAAUAGCAUCAAGGAGAUCCUCUGUGACAACUCAGUGCAGGGAGAAGAACUUGUCAUGAUGGUGGUCUGCAUUGAACUGAGAAUUCCCCUGUUUAUUGUUGGGAAACCAGGAAGCUCCAAAUCACUGUCUAAAACUCUAGUUGCAAAUGCAAUGCAAGGUCCCACAUCACAUUCUGACCUCUACAAGAAGCUGAAGCAAAUACAUCUGGUGUCUUUCCAGUGUAGCCCCCAUUCAACUCCAGAAGGAAUCAUCAAUACAUUCAAGCAAUGUGCUCGCUUUCAAGAAAGCAAAAACCUGGACGAAUAUAUUUCAGUAGUUGUUCUUGAUGAGAUUGGAUUGGCUGAGGAUUCCCCGAAAAUGCCACUGAAAGCACUGCACCCAUUACUGGAAGAGGGUUGUGUUGAUGAUGAGCCAAAACCUCAUAAAAGGGUUGGGUUCAUUGGAAUUUCCAACUGGGCACUGGAUCCUGCCAAGAUGAAUCGUGGAAUUUUUGUGGCCCGUGGAGAUUUAAAUGAGCAAGAGCUCAUCAAAAGUGCCACAGGAAUCUGCUCCUCUGAUCAACAUGAAAAGAUCAAACACCUGUUCCAACCUUUUGCAAAAGCAUAUAUGACAGUAUGCAAUGAAAGCAACGGAUUUUUUGGUCUGCGGGAUUUCUACAGUCUGAUAAAAAUGUUAUUUUCAAUUACCAAAACAUCUAAUGAACCUCCUAAAGCAGAUCAAAUCACCAGAGCAGUCCUGCGAAACUUCAGCGGAAAAAAUGAUGAUGAUGUAAUUGACACAUUCCGCAAUGAACUCAGAGAUGACUUUGCCAAUGUCAGAAUCCCAACUAUUGAUUUGGUUAAGCAAAGCAUUUGUCCAGCUUCCCAAAUGGAGGAAAGCCGGUAUCUUUUGCUACUCACAAAAAACUAUGCAGCUCUUCAGAUUCUUCAACAGAUAUUCUGCUCUCAUCAAAUCUACCCAGAGAUAAUCUUUGGGUCAAGUUUCCCGAAAGAUCAGGAGUACACACAAAUUUGCAGAAACAUAAAUCGUGUCAAGGUGUGCAUGGAGACAGGACAGACAGUUGUGCUUCUCAACCUUCAAAAUCUGUAUGAAAGUCUGUAUGAUGCUCUAAAUCAGUACUAUGUGACGCUCGGAGGUCAAAAAUACGUUGAUCUUGGUUUGGGAACACAUCGUGUGAAAUGCAGAGUUCACGAAAACUUCAAGCUCAUCGUCAUUGAAGAAAAGGAAGUGGUUUAUGAGCAGUUUCCAAUACCACUCAUUAACAGGUUGGAGAAACACUACCUUGACAUCAAAACUGUCCUCACAGAGGAACAGAAGGUUAUUGCCAGACAACUGGAGGAAUGGGUCAAUAAAUUUGUCUCCUCAGAAGAGAAGUAUGAUCCAAGUGAUGUGUUCAUCGGCUAUCACUCAGACACUUGUUCCUCUGUGGUCAUGCAAGUAACAGAGUGUGAGAGUACUGAGACUGAUGCUCAGGUCACUCUGAACAAAGCCAAAGGCAUUCUGCUCAACUGUGCCACUCCGGACUCAGUUGUUCGUUUGGACAAAUCCAAACUGCCUAAUGCAGAACGAGAGCAUUUAAUGCAAGAAUACGUUAAAGAGGCAAGGCACAGUUCACUGGGAGACUACAUUGUGUAUCACAUCCAGCAGCCCCAGCAGUCACACUUCUUAUUCACUGAGGUUACAACCUUUUCCAGGUUGCUCACUGCCGUGGAUACUCAACACCUGCAGAGCCUAUUAAACCUUGAUGCUGUUCAGCUGCUAUCACUGCAGCAGUUUGACACUCAGUACUCAUUCCUCAAAAAAAUAAGGGAUUUUCUGAGCUCAACACACACAGACAAAGUCCUCAUUAUCCAAGCAGAGUAUGAUGAAGGAUUUCACAAAAAGAAUAUUAUUUCCUCAGCCAAGUAUGCAUGCUUCAGCGAAGUAAACAAGUGUCAAACUACUGAUGCCAUAAAGACAUUUGUGUACUUUGUCAUCAAACUACCGCGCAUGGAGGGUGGAACUUCCUAUGUUGGGUUUCAAGGAGGUCCUUGGAGGUCUGUUCACAUUGAUGAUAUUAGAAGAUCAAAAGAGUUUCUUUCCGAUGCUCUUUCCCUUAAAAAUAAACUUAUAAGUGAUCUUUUUAAAGAUCCAUCUGAGGCCAUAGAGAAAGAAGACUCCACUGGUGUGCCACAGAAAUAUGACUCCACUGCAUUGGAAUGUUUGUUUGAUACUACAAAUUUGGUGAGAAGUUGUGUUCAGAGUGCAGUGAGCAUGCUGAGAGAUGAAGCAAACAGUGGUGAAUUCAGCACUAAGAGGGUUGAGAAUCUGCUCACUCUUCUGGAUGGAAACCAUACUCAAGGAUUGUUUGCAAAAAUUGUGAGGAAGCGACUUCACUCACUGUUAAAGGACAAUGAGGUCAAUAUGCCCAUUCUAAAAAGCUGGGUCCUAAAUGAGGCAUCUAAUGACAGUGCUCUUCAAGAAGGAGGGACUUUCCUGCACACACUGUGGAGGAAAAUCCAAGCAGUUGUCACUCCACUUCUAGCCUACCUGGUCUCAGUCAUUGACCGAGAUUGCAAUAUGGACCUUCUCCUGGAAGAUGAAGAACAAAUUGUGAACUUGUGGCUUGAGAUUUUUGGAAACAAAGAGAUGCUCAGUUUGCCUUAUGUCAGGGUGGAAAAUAAAGUAUUAAUGGUACAAAGCCAUGUCACAGGUGGCCAUACCAUGUUCUGCCGCCUGCCCUUCAGUUGGUGGAUCAAAGAGUUCCUAGAUGGGCUCAUGAUGCAAACAUCCAGACAUCAAACUCAUUCAGUUCGUCAUUUCUAUGAUUUGUUCUUGGAAACUCCACUUGGCACUUACAUCUCAGAAAAAGCUAAUGAAAAAAUGAAGAGAGAAUUUUGCAAAAGGUAUCUGCAAGAUUUUGUUUCCAUGACCAUGAAAGUGGCAUCAGAUGAAGAGUUAAAGCUCCUCUGUCAGGCAAUGACCAGCUGUGCUGAUGAAGUACGAAAACGAAAACAAGAUGAUGAGCUUUCUCUUCCACUCAUCCACGUUGCCUAUCAUUUGUACCAAAACCGUCUUCAGAACCUCUCACGGAUGAUUUCUCUUCAUCCUGAAGUUAUUUCCCCUUUGCAAAAAAAUCCGGUGAUUAGCGGUUAUCCGGCAAUGGUUUUGGAUGUCUAUGCAGCCAAGGCAUGUGUUGAAAGCCUGGAACCUUCUAACUUAGAGAAUGAUACUGUCUGCCAGCGCUGGCUGAGGAAGGUGAAGAAGGUGCAGGCUUCUUUGGAGUUGAUUUGCUUCCAAAGCAGUAGCAAAAAAUAUGGUGAGCACUGCCGGAAAGUACUCCAUGAUUUCAGCAAUGGCUGGAAGCGCAUCCACAUCCUUUCUUUUUUUGUUGAACACAUGCUACUGGGUUUCCAAAAAGAAGACCGUCAGCUCAGGACACAUGUCCUAAACACCAUUAAAACUCUUAGCAAUGUUCUGCAGGAAAACUCGGAUGUAAAAUCUACAAAAGGUUUUGAAGCUGUAGUUAAAGUCCUGAAGUCCUGCAAACAGGAGGCAACUAAUCAGCUUUUCAGGUUUGGCCUUGAGUGUGGGGUGUGCAUGAGAGAGCCUCAGGAAACAGUGGGACUGCCAUGCAAUCACAUCUAUUGCUUAACAUGUAUUAAGAACAGCCUUGAUGCAGGACGGACAUCCUGUCCAAAGUGCCGCCAACAAUUACCAGAUGAUUUCCAACCACAUGUUUCUGAAGACAUAAGAACAUAAACAGGUUCACACCAAAGUUUUAUCACCAUUUGAAGAGUCCGCAGAUAAAAACCCGGUUGUGCGAUCAGUAAUCCUCAAACUGCUACUGAAGUUCAGCUUUGAUGAGGUUCAGAAAUAUUUGCAACAACAUUUUUCAUCUGUUGAAGAAAGCAGAUUUGUGGAUGAUGGGGACAGAGCAGAGCUCUAUGCUUUAUACAUCAACUGCUUGGAGGUGACAGACUGCCUGACGGAGCAGAAGAUUUUCUAAACAUGGUGAAAAAGCUCUGUGAGGACAGUGGAAAUGACUGGUAUCGUGUUUACCUCAUCCGCAAGCUCAGCGAAUCACAGGGUGUGGAGUAUGUCCAGACAAUGAUGAAAAAACCUGAGUUCUUCUGGAUUUUCCCUGAAGAGAUACAUCAGCAGUGUCAAAAGAAUGAAGAUGGAGGCCUGAUGGACCAGUAUCUUGUGUAUGGAGAGGAGUACAAGUCCGUGCGAGAAGCAGUUGCCAAGGCAGUAGUGGACGGUGAUGUCGAGCAGAUAGAAGACGCCUGUGAGAGAUGCACGGCAUCACCAAAGAAUCGGACAGUGUUUCUCCUGCUGGCUCUUUUCCGAGAGGUUACAACUCUGUACAGAUCUGAAAACAGGGGUCUUCAUCCUACUCCUGAGCAAUGUCUUGAAUUUGAUGACCUCAUCGAGGGCUCAACGUAUCUGCAUCAAGCAGAAGUAAGACGAUUUGCCUCAGCCUUGGUUUACAACAGGUUGGGAGCGCUCACUGUUCAGCCUGGUAGUGCUAUCAUGGAGAACACCAUCACUGAGCUGAUCAUUCAUCUGGCAGCUGUGCUGCUCACUGGGAAUCAUCACCUGCUAAUGCCACUCAAGCAUCUUGGUCUGUCUCCUGAAAAUAUGCAGAGGGCUUUUAUACCCACAAUGCCUGAUGACAUUUUAGCUGUUGCCCAGGCAGCCAUGAAUUCUGAGGGCCAGCUCACUUGGUAUGUCUGUCCAAAUAAUCAUCCAUGCUGCGUUGAUAUGUGCGGCAUGCCCAUAGAGAGAGGCCGAUGUCUGGAGUGUGGUGAAGAAGUUGGAGGAGAACAUUACGCAGUCGUGCCUGGAUUCACAAAAGUUCAGUUGCAUGAGGAUCAAACACGUCCCGGUCACAUUCUGGGAGACCCUGAACGGAGAAACAACCCAGAUGCUUUAGACACCAAACACAUGUCUCUGACUCCCUUUACUCUGGUCAGGUUGGUUACACAUUUGGCCAUGAUGCUGGGAGCCUCAGAGAAACCUGAGGUUGUCCAACAGAUAAUCCAGCCACCUGUGGAGGAUGUCAGUUUGUUUCUCAGGUUGCACAUAACAAAGGAUCUUGAGCAUCUGUCCCAGGCACUGGGAAAAGGAGCUGACGACAACGUAACAUCUGUUCACUUGGUGCUCAAAUCACUGCAGGAGCUACCACGGGCCAGUUCCACUACUAUCGACCCUUAUCUUACAACCAAAGAAUCCAGAAACACCUGGGAGACUACUGUGGCGACAGAUAUUAUGACACCAAAGCUGAUGGAUCUUGACCAACUCCUACAAGAGGCAAAGGGAACCAUCAGAAAUGACUCACGUGUAUCUUCCAACUUCAUCAUAAGGACGAUCCACGGUGAUGACUUUAGCUUCCUCACCUCACUGCAACAGGGCUCUGAGGUCGACAGCUCAGCAGUGUGGAGCUGCAGGGAGAGGCUGUCGUUGCUCAGCCUCACACACAUUAUGGAGACGAAUGAUCAAAAGGAGGAGCUCCCCCUGCUCUGGAGGUUCCUGCAGAAGGAGAGAGAAUUUCGGCUUAUCAAAUUCCUCCCAGAAAUCCUAAACCUGCAGAAACGUUUGGUGAGAAAAUACCAAAAUGCAACUGAAGAUAUCGUGGGCUCCAUCAGAGAAUUCAUUGAUCAGCAAACAGAAAUGGGGCAGCAGUAUCAAAAACACAUUGAGACCUUCUUGAAAACAUGGAAUCAGCUAAGAGUUUCUGUCACCAGCAAUGAAAUAAAAAUUCCAGAAGAAUUUUGCAGCAGCGAUUUGGACCUGGACAGUGACUUGCAGUACCUCCUGCCCCGUCGGCAGGGUCCAGGCCUGUGUGCCACAGGGCUGGUCAGCUAUCUGGUGACUCUCCACAAUGAGUUGGUGAAUGCAGUGGACCGUCACACACGAGAGGACAGCAGUGACUACACAGUGAGUCUGAUGGAGCUAAUGGAGCAGCAUGUGAUCAGCUAUGAUGUGGAGAAGGAUCUGCUUCCACUGGUUUUGUCCAACUGUCAGUACAGCUUGGAACGUGGCCACGAGACAAUAUCUGAGUAUGACCUGCCCAGGAUCCAACAGCAGAUCCUCACCCGCUUUCUGCAGGGAAAACCUCUCAUUACCCGCGCAGGAAUUCCCACACUGGUCAAUAUGCAAGAGAGAGACUAUGAGACCAUUUUCAAAACUGUUCAUGGAAAAGUGGCACAGACGGCUCUGUCCCGUUUGAUCUGGAACUCCGUGUCGAGACAGCUGGACUCUUACAGUGAAGUGUGUGAAGCACUGAAGAUUGUGGAGCUGCUUCUGGGUUAUCUCUCAAUGACUGGUGGUGAUCCCAAAAUGAAACUGGUCAUUUACCUUCAGGAAAUACUAAAGAUGGACCAAAAUAUUAAUCAGCACAUACUGAAGGCUUUUGGCAAAUGUCAACUCAGACACUGUGUUUGUCUGUGGCAAGUCCUGUCCUCUCUCAGAUCUGAAAAAAUGCUGCAACUGAAAAGGGAGCCCUUUUCGGGGUAUCCAGCCGAGUACCAGGUGCCACUGACUGAGGAAAACAAGACUGAGCUGAAACGAUUCAUGUCCAGAGGAAACAUGGACCAGUGGCUGCUUGAGAUGCAUGAGUUCCUCUUGUUGCGCCUGGGCCGCCUACGGGCAACUGAGGACUACAAUCCAUCAUGGAGUCUGAAGGAGGCGGUCAGUGCCUACAUGGAUCAUAAAGAAGUAGAAGUCCCUACUUACGUAAAGGAAAACUUCCCUGAAAAUGUGCAGCUGUCUCAGAUAAUUGAGACCUGGAAAUACACCAUCACAGCCAAACAGGAGUUGAUGAAUGAGUGAUGAACGGAAUGAGUGCAUAGAGAGAUAUUAGUUAUCCAAAGAAGUAAACAAAGGUAUUUUUUCUGCAUUUAUUGGUGUAAUAAUCAUACGGUGUGUUGUGUUGUUCAUUUGUUUUUUGGAAUUAUUUUAGAAAUUCAAUUCAACAACCAAAAACUAUAUUUACAUUUUAAUAUUUUAUUUUUCAUUAUGAUUUACUUCUCUUGUGAAUGGGUUGAAUUUAAAAAAGAAGAGUAAUAUUAUCAUGCUGCAAGGAGUGAAUAAUAUUUCUCCAUCUAAUAAGAAAUUAAAGCAAUAGGUGAUUGAUACACAUAGAAAAAAGCAAAAUCUUGUAAUCCAAUGUAAAUGAAUGUGCACAGUUCGAUCAUAAACACGAAAGGGGAUGGUAUACUGAGCAUUUUACACUUUUUCAUAUAUAUUUUAUUUUUCUUAUAUUUUAAAAUGCUUUAAGUUUUUAUUUACAUUUAUGUAAAAGUUGAGAUUUACUACAUUUUGUGGGUUUUUUUUAAAUUUAAUAGUUUGACUUAUCAGAUUUUAAUGACAUGUAUUAAACCUGGUUGCGUUCAGCAGAUAAUUGAGAGAUGAAUUGGAUGAUUUUAGAGAGAUUUUAGUUUAUCAGUUAACUUUAAGUCAUACUACUGCUUUGAACUCUUUUAUUUGUUUAUGGUCUUGUUGAUGUUUUUGUUGAUUCGUUUAUGAGAAAGAUUAGAAAUUACAUUUAAGCUCAGUGAAAACAAUGAAACAGCAAAGCAGAAUAAACUCAAGCACAUCAUGAGUGAGCUGCUCAUGUAUUUACUGUGAGAGUUUAUACAGGAUGACUGCUUUCAUAUAUUUUAUAUAUUAUUCUUGCAUGAUUAUGUGUUUUGUUUUAAAGUAAAAUCUUUUAGGGUGAAGUAACAACAGGAUGGAUUGAUAAACUAGUGCAAAAACUGCACAUUUUCCAUUUUUUUUCAUACAUGUUAAAAAACUAUAAAUGUUCAUUUACAUAAAAGUGACUUGAAUAUGUUCAUUUAAACAAAAAAAUUGACUUGCAGUCUGAGAUUAUUUCCAUUUAUCUGUGCUGGAAAGUUUGAUUUAUCAGAUUUUUGUGUGUUAAGUGACUUCAUCAAACAUGAAGUAUAUUUGAGGUAAACUGGAGGAGUUUUAAUUUUCUAUUUAUUUUUUUUUUAUCAUUUUAAUUUUUCAUUCCUAUACUGAGAAAGUUGUUCGCUUUGAUGAGGAUUUACUGUUUUGUUUUAUUUCAUGGUAUAUUUUAGCAUUAUUCUUGCAUUUAUUUUACUGCUAAAGAACAAAAUCUGAUUUAAACACUUUAAAGACAUGAUACUGAGUAAAGAAAUGAAUGACUGAUAGUUUUCUUUUUACAUUUUACUAACAGUGUCAAAUACUUUUUGCUUGCAUCAAUAUAGAAGUCAAUCUUUUACAUUUUAUCUAUUUUCUCUAAUACUUGAAUUUUAAA